AUGAGGGCAUCGCGCCUCUCGAAAGAAACGGCCGCCGUGUUCAACAAGAUGGCCGGAUCGCCGCCGCCACCUACGCGACGAACGACUCGCUCCUCCCUCGCGCGAUUCGCAUACACCGGCGACAAUAGCAACUCGGCCACCGAGUCGGCGACAAAUGACGUAGUCCUAGGCGAUGACAUUGAAGACGCGAUCACAAGUACGCGGAGCAGGAAACGGAGACGAGUCACAAAGGUGGAGAAAGAAGAAGAUGACGAUGGUACUGGUGACAAAAAGAUCAAGACCGAGCAGGCUGAGACUGAACGAAUCUUGACACCCACGAAACCCACACAAGCCAAGAGAGUUAGAAAACCAGCCCGCGUGAUCAAAGGCGAGGAUUUGCGAGUCGAGCCCCCAUCCGAUUGGGAAGAAAUCUAUAAUGCCGUGAAGGAGAUGCGUCUCCAUGGCCCGGCGCGUGACGCGGCCGUCGACACAAUGGGCUGCGAAAGGCUUUUUCAUCCAGACGCCUCUGAGCGCGACAGGAGGUUUCACAUUCUCAUUGCGCUGAUGCUGUCGAGCCAGACGAAAGAUACAGUCAAUGCCGUUGCUAUGAAGAGGCUCAUGACGGAGCUGCCUCCGCACAAAGAAGGCGCGGAGGGUGGAUUGAAUUUGGAGAACGUGCUGGCUGUGGAACCGGCGCUGCUCAACGAGUUGAUAUGGGCCGUUGGGUUUCACAAUAACAAGACUAAAUACAUCAAAGCAGCAGCCGAAAUCCUCCGCGACAAAUUCAACAAUGAUAUUCCCGAUACGAUAGAGGGCCUCACUUCUCUUCCCGGCGUGGGCCCCAAGAUGGGAUAUCUUUGCCUCUCGGCCGCGUGGGACCGCACCGAGGGCAUCGGUGUGGACGUCCACGUACACCGCAUCACGAACCUUUGGGGCUGGCACAAGACUACGCAGCCCGAGGCGACGAGGUUGGCGUUGCAGAGUUGGCUGCCACGCGAAAAGUGGCGGGAGAUUAACUGGUUGCUUGUUGGUUUCGGGCAAACAGUGUGCUUGCCUGUCGGACGCCGGUGCGGUGACUGCGAGCUCGGGUUGAGCGGGCUGUGCAAGGCAGCGGAGAGGAAGAAGGUUAUAGAGGGGCGGAAGGCCAGGGAGGUCAAGAUCGAGGUGGAUGGAGAUGCUGUAAUUAAGACGGAAGAAGUCGUUGAUGAGACGACACUGAGAGACGAGGUUGUGAAUGAGGUUGUCGACCCCAAAUCCGCGCCGCCGUCGGAGUUGGGGGAACAGAAGUCGGCAGUAAGCGAGCCGACCGGAGGUGCCGGCAAGGGUGUGUUAAGGAAAGGGAGGCGGUGA